UGGUACAAGGCUGUUGUGAAUAGCCUUGUACCAUGUGACCUCUGUAAUCAUUUACAGAUUUCACAUGUAGUAAGCAAUGAUGUCACAAGUGACAUCUUGCUUACUACUUUGCAUGUGAUCACUGAUUGGCCUAUCAGUGAUCACAUGAUCGGGACCUCGUACAGAGGUCCCGUCCGACGAUCGGUGUUUCACUGGGACACAGCAGGCACCGGAUCGCGGUGCCGUACGCUCCCAGGGAGUGAGCACAGUCCAAGAUAGCGGGCGCCAUUUAUGAAUGGCAACCCGUCACUGCACUGCCACCAUCUGGCCGUUAAUAUACAAUGGCCGGACGGGAAGUGGUUAAUG